AUGAAUAUUUUUACUCAAUUUUGUGCAACCAUGGGAGCUGAGACUAAAUUUGAGAAAGUAAGCACUCAAACCUAUACACACUAAAGGCCAGAAUAGCUGCUACAUAUACCAGCACGAAUCCCCCAAGUGAAGAGGAUAUCAGAUAGAUUCUAGCUACACUUUCAGGAGAAGACUUACAAACAAAUGCUUAGACAGCGUAUAGUUCGUUAGUGAGAAGAUUGAAAUUAUAAAACAAUGAUGAAAAUGGUUGGAUGAUGAUCAUAAAAAGUUUGAUAAUCAUAGAUAGGUAUUAGGUCAAAAAAAUUGAGGUGUGUGAGUGAUCGUAUAUUACUUAAGGAAUUUUAUGAGUUAGAUUUACCUUUAGUAGAAUGUAGAUAAGAGCGAGAUAUAAAAAAUAAGUAAUUACUAAUUAACGAAUUAAUAUCCAAAUAUUAUCAUUACAUAAAAUUUAAGGGACUAAAACUUAGAAAUUCUACAUCCCUUACUCUAUAUAAGAAGGAGAAGAUCUUAUAUUUUAAUAAAAUGCCACUCAAAUCUAUCUUUGAUGAAUUGAAAAUGAUUCUAGAAUUAGUCUAAAGAGUAUUUGAUAUUAUAGAAACAAAGAAAAAUGGUCAUCUACGUUUUAAAGUUAAUCAAUAUGUAUUCUUAUUACUUAUGAAUGAUUUAUUGAAAUAUUAUGGAUGUGGAUUAAUUGCUUUUAAUUUACUCAUUAAGAAAUUGCAAGAUUUAUAAUCUAAUGAUCUUCUUUAAUUAAUAGCAAUAUCUAAAUCUAUGGUAAAUUUUUCAAAUAAGUUUGAAGAGUUUAUCCAUUAAUGUAGAUUUAUAUAAGGAUUUGAGAGUGUGUAAUUAGAUUAUAAGGUGUAAAUUUAAAUUAAAUAUUAUUUAAUAGGUAGAUGAUAAUGUUGUGAAUUUGGUAACUUAAUAUUUAGAUCAAAUUGAAAUAUAAAAAUCUAAUGGAACUAAAUAGAUAAAACUAAAUCAUUACAAUACUUAAGCUGUUCUUGAAUUAAUCUGUAUGUAUGCAUAUUGUAAUCAUUUAGCUUAACAAAGAUUGACACCUAAAUAAAGUGAAUUCUUUGGUAAUAUUAUGAUCAAAUAACCAUCUAAAACUUAAAUAUUUGUUAAUUCAUUUAGAAAUAAAUUUUCAGAAGAAGCUUUUCAGAAAUUUACUAAUAAUUAUUCUUCAAAGUAUAUUAAUUAUCAUAAUAAAAAUUAAGAUAUCUACCUAUACAUGAGAGUUUUAAAAAAUUACCUGAAAUCAUAGUAGAAGAAGAAAUUGAUUUCUUAUAAAAAGUUGAAGAUGAUCAAAAUAAGUUUCAUGUUAGAGAUACAAUAGAUUUGUUAUAUCCUGAUCCAUUCGAUGACAAAAUAUUUACUCAAUUUUAAAAUAUUUAUAAUUAGUGA